UAUCGUGCAACAUAUUCGUAACCUAAAUAAACUUCGCUUCCACGUGAUCGUGGGUGCCGUCCAGCAAGAGACACAAAUUGACACCGUAAUGUAGAGAAUCAUUUUAUCCUCGUUUAAUAAUGGCAAACAACGAAGGCAAAGACGAUUCACCGUGUUACACAGUGUCGCCUGUGUACGUUGCUGGAAAACACCCUGUGAGAUAAGAAAAGGAUUGUAAUUAAAAAUGGCGGCGUUACCCUGCUACGCAUCCUCCAAGAUAUUCGUAAACUGUUACGCUCGAGAUGUAAACCGUGUAAACGCAAAUACCUGAGACACCUUGUUUAUUUGUGGUCUAUUUGUGUCCCGUCAUGUAACGCAUGUGGGGUAUCCUAUUUUCCCAUCCCAACGAUUUCACACCAGUCUGCACGACCGAGUUGGCGCGGGUCGCUAAACUAAUGCCUGAAUUCAGGAGACUGCGUGUGAAAGUGAUCGCAUUGUCCUGUAACUCAGUCGACUCCCAUCGUAAAUGGAUAGAGGAUAUAAAGAAUUACGGCGAGAUAAACGAGGAAUUUCCGUACCCGAUAAUAGAGGAUGAAGCUAGAAAACUGGCCACGUUAUUGGGCAUGUUGGAUCCCGCGGAGAUCGACAUCCGAACUGGAUUGCCCAUGUCAGCGCGAGCUGUGUUCGUGGUCGACCCAGCCAAGAAGAUGCGAUUGUCAAUUUUAUACCCAGCCACGACUGGCCGCAAUUUCGACGAAAUAAUUAGGGUAAUCGAAUCUCUUCAGCUCACGCAAAAGUACAAAGUAGCGACUCCUGUAGACUGGAAGAGAGGGGACGACGUGAUGAUCGAUCCGAGCGUGUCGGACAGCGAAGCCAAAGCUUCCUACAGCAAUAUAAAGACUGUGAUGUUACCUUCCGGCAAAACGUACAUGCGUAUUGUGCCGCAACCUAUAGAUGCGUAAGAAAAGAUUUCUGUGCACAAAAGGAGAUUCCAAUAAAGUUUAAGCUGCACAAGUCGUAACGAUAUGAAAUUUCGUUUGCAUAAAAUAUAUGGACAUUAUUUUAUAAAAUCAACCAUUCAAUGUAUUUCCUUAUCACCUUUGAUUAUCUAAAUAAAGGCAGUAUUUGUGUGUCUUCAUUUAAA